CCCUCGAUGCCCGCCACGUGUCCCUCCUUUUUCCCCCUCCCUAUUUUAACCUUCACUCUCCUCUCAUCACUCCACCACACCAACACAAACACAACCAACUUGUGAAACUUCCCUUCUCUUUUUUUUCAUUCAUCUCAUUUGUGAAAUCUUAUUAUCAUCUCUUCCAAUGGCAGCAACUAUUAUGAAGUACGUGAUCCUAAUGUUAGUUGCUAUCGCAAUGGCUGCAACGGUGGAGUCAAAGGGCUCAUCGCCCGCACCGGUGGACUGCACGAGCGUAGUGCUGAGCAUGUCGGAUUGUCUUUCGUACGUAACGAAUGGAAGUGCAGUGAAUAAACCAGAAGGAAACUGUUGUUCAGGGUUGAAAUCUGUGCUUAAAACGAAUGCUGAGUGUCUUUGUGAAGGGUUUAAGAGUAGUGCUCAAUUCGGUGUCGUUUUGAAUGUUACUAAAGCUGUUGGUCUUCCUGAUGCUUGUCAUGUUCAUGCUCCUUCUGCUGCCAAAUGUGGCUUGGAUAUAUCUCCAACUGGCGCUCCUUCUCCAGCUGGUAUGGUUUCUCCGGCGGGUGCUCCAUCAGGCGCUUCGAUGGCUCCAGCAGCAGCAAUGGGUCCGGGAGGCAGCACAGUAUCAUCACCUGCAAUGUCACCAAGCAGCCCAAAUGGUGCAUCCUCUGCUACAGGCAUCUCAGCACAACUGACUGUUGUUGGUCUAGCAGCGUUAGGAGCAUUUUUAUCAAGUUUUUAAGGGGUUUAAAGACGAGCUUAAUUUUGCAUAGCAGUAGUGGCAUAUUUGGAAAGUACUUUGUUUGGUUAAACAUUACUAUUAUUCUGUUUUACAUUUGUUGACCCACAUUUUUAAUUUUUUUUGGUUUUGUGGUGGUGAGGAAUUGGAAUUGAUUAUGGAGGAGACCUUUAUUUAUUCUAUGUUUCCAGACAUUUCUCUGUAUUUCUUGAUUAUAUUUUCUUAUCUCUAACUAUUGAAUUUAUGAUGUCUUGAUUA